GGGGAGACUUGAAAGAAGAUGGUGGGAGAGCUGCUCCCCACGUACUUGACUGCUGCGGGUCUGAGUUUUUCGCGGAGUCACAGAAUUGAAGGGAUUGGGCUUUUGGGUCACUCUGCCUGCUGGGUAAGAAGAGAGGUGAUGGAGUCACCAUCCCGAGAAGACCAUGUGGACCUGGCACUGAGGGACAUGGAUUUCAGAUGCAUGCCAGGUUCCUGCUGAAUGCCAGAAGUAGAGAUCACUACAGAUGGAGCCCCAAAGCCAGCACGGCAGUGGUGGUUCGCUGGUGGUGAUUCAGCAGCCCUCUCUGGACAGCCGGCAGCGGCUGGAGUACGAGCGGGACAGCCAGCCUACAGCUAUCUUGUCACUGGACCAGAUCAAGGCAAUCCGCGGCAGCAACGAUUACACUGAAGGUCCAUCUGUGGUGAAAAAAUCCGGUCCGCGGACAGCACCGAGGCAAGAGAAGCACGAGAGGACUCAUGAAAUCAUACCGAUUAAUGUGAAUAACAACUAUGAACACAGACCCAGCCACGUGGGGCACGUGGUGCAUCAGCAUAAUGCAAGGGUUCCUGUUUUGAGCAGAUCAACCAGCACGGGGAGCGCGGCCAGCUCUGGGAGCAACAGCAGUGCUUCUUCAGAGCAAGGACUGUUGGGACGGUCACCGCCGUCGUGGCCGGGUUCAGGAGGCCACAGGUCCGAGCGGACAAUCCAGACGCAACCCAAGCAGUCGUCGUUGAUUGUAGAUGAUCUGAAGGGUCCUUUGAAAGAGGACUUGACACAGCACAAGUUUAUCUGCGAACAGUGUGGGAAGUGCAAAUGCGGCGAGUGCACAGCCCCGAGGGCCUUGCCUUCUUGCUUGGCCUGCAAUCGGCAGUGCUUGUGCUCCGCGGAGAGCAUGGUGGAGUAUGGCACCUGCAUGUGUUUGGUCAAAGGGAUCUUCUACCACUGUUCUAACGACGAUGAAGGGGACUCAUACGCGGAUAAUCCCUGCUCUUGCUCCCAGUCACAUUGCUGUUCUAGGUACCUGUGCAUGGGAGCCAUGUCCUUGUUUUUGCCUUGCUUGCUCUGUUACCCUCCUGCAAAAGGAUGCCUAAAACUGUGUCGAGGGUGUUACGACCGCGUCAAUCGUCCGGGCUGCCGAUGCAAGAACUCCAACACUGUCUAUUGUAAACUGGAGAGCUGCCCCUCCCGGGGUCAGGGCAAGCCGUCAUGAUUUUUGGAGGGAGGUUUAUUUCCUCCAACUUUCGAUUUUCAGGUUGUAGCUGAUACAUACACAUAUAUAUAUAUAUAUAUAUAUUUUUUCUUCCCUCCCCCCUUUAGGGGUGUGUAGGGGGGCUGCUUUCUUUCACCCCCCCCCCACUUCAAACACACAAGUUAUUCCCUUUGAAUCAUUGUUCUUCUCCUCUAAUUGCGUCAACCGAGUGUGGAGUGUUUUACGUAUAGUCAUUUGCUGCUCUUUGGUAAGUGUGGACUUGGUAUCUGCAUCUGCCACCCACUUUGGCAGGGUCUUCUGAGUCUGUAACUGAACCACUCCUGAAAGAGGCAGUGAGGGCUCAUUUGGCUCUUGCAGCUUCUUGCUCUGAGUAUCUUCCCAAAGAUGUUUUUCAUUCUCAGCCUUUUUUUUUUUUCCCCUCUAACCCCCUUGGGUAUCUCCAAGGAAUAACUCUCAUGAGCUGUAUUGUGAAAUAACUUCUUGUCUGUGUUCCUUCCGGAGAGGGAUGUAAGGCUUUACCCAACUAAAGGCCUGGUUCUUCAGUAAGCAGCCUGCUUUUUGGUUUGUUUGUUUUCCUCCUCUUUUAACUUUUGCCAUCUUCUCAGUCCUGAGAGUUAGCAGAUUGUUCCUAUUGCUUUGUUUUUUCUUAACACAACUUCGGUUUUUGCUACACUAUGUAGAUCUUCACAUUGGAGACAUUAUGGCUGCAACUGUACUCGUUUUUUCUCUUGCUGUCAAAUCUUUGAAGGAUAUUGCUCACUCCACCCUCCUCCUCCUGUUGUUUCAGUCCAUCAGUAUCACGCCGAUAUUAAAGUUGGUGGUGUUUGUGUAUCCAGACAGCCUUCAGGUGCCAUUGAGUCACCUAAGUGUUCUCGAAUCUUUACUGUUUCUCGUGAUCCUUUGGUUUAGUGGAUUUAGCUCUGCUCUGUACUUUAUAAUUUUAUUCUGUUCCCUGUUUUAUUGCCUUAGCCACAAAUUGUGGUCCUCUUUUGUAUAUUUUAUGUAUAAAACACAAAGUUGAAUCCCAACUAUUUUUAAGACAAAAGUCUGUUAAAACUUUUUUUAUUGUAAAGAAUAUUUAUUAUGUGAAUCUCUAUUAUUUUAUGAUAUUUAUUGCAAAAAGACUUUGAAAAUGUACUCAUGUCUGAAUAUAACAAAAUAUCAAUACUUAACGAAAUAAGGAUGACACGAAGAAAGUACAUAUGUUAACUAUAAUGCAGAAAAUAUAUUAAUUAAUGAAAAUGGCUCUUGAGUUCUUUUGUUGCAACAAGAAGCUGUGAGCUACUCGUGCAUAUUCUGGGUUCUUGAUUUUUAUUUUUAUUCUUCCCUCCUAGUGGGAUAUCAGGCAGCAAGUAACUUCCCAUUGUUACUUCAAAACCACUAGUCUGUGCUCUAGUUUAGUUUACCUAAUUUUAAGUUUGCUAACUAUUUGUCAAGCAGGUUUUUGCGAUUGGGUGUAUGCAUUGUACUUAACGGUGCCAGGAGGUGUAGGCCCUGUUUAUUUAACAGCGUUUGAACAUAUAUUUGUGAAGGAGGAAACCAGAACUUCAAGGUUUUUUCUUUCUUUUUUUUUCUUUUUUUUAAAGAAUUCCAAAUUAACAUGUAAAAGUACUUUAAAUUUUCCUACAUGGAACUUCUUGGCUGGUUAAAUUGUAUGUCAAUUGAAGCAGUGAACCUAUUAAGCUCAAAUCUAAAUAAAAACCAAGAGGCAGGAUAUAAAACAACAUUUGUGUUUCUGCAGUCUGCUAGCUUUGAAGGUUGUGUGUGCAUAUGCGAAUGUACGUAUGUGUGUGGCUUGCUCGGUUCUUUUCCCAUAGUUUUCCCAAUGUCAACUGAGUCUACCUUGUCUUUAAAUUAAAGGCUCUUAAGGGUGACCCAAGUGUCACGGCUGUUUGUGGCCAUUUAACACGUGUUCAACAAAAAAGCUUUUCAUUAAGAGUGAAUGGGGAAACCUCUUUCUUCUGUCCAUGUGGGUCAAGGCUAACCUCGCGAUUCUUUUGAAGUAAAAAGUUUAUUAAAGGGAUGUAAUUUCACGUGGUAUUCAGAGUAAGUGGUUCUAGAGGAACUCCACUUAAGGAACACGGUAAUAAUCUGACAAAUGUGUCACACUGCAUUUUGAAGUCCUGCUGCUUUGAAUUGUCAUCCUCGAGCUGUUGUAACUCCCAGUACGCUGAUGAUUUGAGUAAGCUGGGCUUUUGUAGCUAACUCCAUCAAACUCAAUCCAGUGUUGUCUGAGCUGACUUUGUUGUGUUCUUUAUUGAAUGGCUUGUAUAAUUUCUGCAAGGUAUGCAGUGAAAUUGUAAUACGAGUGCAUCGGAGAAACCACUUGCUUUGCAGAGUACAGUUGGUAAUACUGCACGUAAAUGUGACAGAACUUACGGGUGAGGAAGCCUGUGGAGUGGCAGUGUGUACAUUAAUCUGCUUUCCAAGAUUUGUUCUUCUUGAGAAGAAUGUUUCUGAGGAGUAAGUGACUCACUCUGAACUACUUCCUUAUCACUGAUACUUUUCCUACAGUGGCAGCUGCAAACAGCCAUCAGGAGAUGGUGAAAUCCUUGUCAAACAGUCACCGUUGGCCAGAUAAGACUGUUUUAUAAGACUAUGCAGUGACCAUCAGAAAUACUGGGCUAAAUACUGGAUCCAUAACUGGAUACAGUCCAGCUCUGUGUUGAGUAAGUUUGCUUGGAAUGGUGCUGGUUGUUCUUCCUCUUUGAGGGGAAAAAAAAUACACAUUGUUGGCCUCUGCCUCUCUCUUUUCCAGCCAAGUGGGGAUUUGCAGUUUCUUAGGAGGAACGUUUAACCUAUGCAGUUUCAGAAGAUAACUGUUCACUGUAUGUCCCAAUUGUUACUCUAAGUGCUGUGACCCCAGAGAAGGCAGCAUUGAGGCAGUGGAAGUAACAGAUUGUUGUAGAUGCUGUAUCUUUUGUAUUUGACAUACACCUGUAUUUGAGUUUUCUCUUGGGUCCUUCAGAACGCAGGGUGAUUGCCUUAAUGUAUGGAAGUGGAUGUGUCCUCUUGGGCAGAUUUUUGUGAUGUAGAACCUAUUAGGGUCACGUGAGAGCAAGUGGAUGUCUUUCUGGUGCUGGUGGGGGUAAGCCAGCCGACAGAUGCAUGAAGUAACUCUCCAUAACUUGGAGAGUCAGAAGCUAUUUUAAAUUUGCUCAGAGUGGUCAGUCAUUACGGUCAAUUCUGCUUCCUACAAUACAGUAACGGGAAUGUCCACCUCGAGAUACGAUGUCAUGUAAGGAGCUGAACAGACUUGCUGAAUGUUAAUGGGAAUUUUGAUGACUGGGAGACUGAGUUCUUCAAAGUUUGUCAGUGAGUUGCUCAGGUUACUUUCCACAGGUCAGACUGUCAGAGAUCCAGUUGCUGUUACGAUGUAAAUGAUAAUGAUUUCUUAACCAUUUUCAGAUAGCUUUGGUGUGUAAAAGGAUUGGACAUAUGUGUAAUUAGGCAAGAAGUUCAGCUGACCUACUAACCUAAUUGUAUAGGUCACUGAUGGAUUUGAACAAGCUGGCCAUCUGGUUGUAUGCAGCAGAGUGCUGAAAUUUCUCACGUCAGGUCUGCAAGGAUGGAAAAAGGGAAGCUUCUGCAGGCCGGGACUCAGGUCUGUGUUUGCUUAGCACCUUGAAAACUGUGGUAAGAGAUGAGUUUUGGAAGCAUGUUAAGUUUCCGUGUUCCUUGCUGCAGGAAUAUAUUGUUAGGGUGAAAAUUUGAAAGUUCAGGUGUUUGGCUAAAGAUAGCUUCAUUACACUCAUUCUAGUGUGGAUGGUAGUGUUAUCCGGCUGGGGGGAUAAUGCUUAACAAACGAAAAGUACUUGCUCUUGUUUACGGUUCUGUAUCAUAAAGACAGGUGGGAGAGGAUUAGCUCCUCUCUCUCUGAUAAAACAAAUCUGUUAAGAGGGAUUAGAAGGGCUCUAUGAAAUGUUUUAAUGGACUUAUAUGAAGUAAGCAGAUUUUUUUAAUUUUUUUUUUUUUUUUUUUUUUUUUUUUUGUCCUGGAGGAAUGUUCAGGACUCGCUGAUACUUCUGUGAUUCUUGUUCUGCUAAAAUUACCUCGAGAUGCUAAAGAAUUCUGAAGAACUGCUGGCUUUCUUCCAGCUGGAGCACUUUUGUCACAGUCACGGUGGUGCUUCAAAGAAACCUGGGAUACAAUUCUCUUCUCAUAUCACGCAAUUGGAUUUACCAGCCUUAUAGAGUGUGUGGGUGGCACGGGUGUCCUGAUUAGCCUUUGUCAAGUUGCUCUCAGGGCAGAUCAGAAGUAGUUUUCCUUCCUAGCUGUAGUGAUUUCUCACCUUUCUCACUGACAGGAGUAGCCUGGUUUAUAUUUAUGACCAAGAGACACAACGCUGUUAUUUUUCCCAGUACAACGCUUGCAGUUGCCACUCCUGCUUCUCCAGGUGAAGGUAUCUUCAGAUGAGAAACUUCCCCAUUUACUUAUUAAAUACAAAUAUGGGACAGAUUUCCUGUAAACCACACAUACUCUUACUAGGUUUAAGUAUGGAGGGGUGAAACCCAGCCACACUGAAUGCCAGGAUCUGUCAACGCUCUUGAUGCACACAUGCAUUUGGAGUAAAAACUAAGACCAUAUUGUCAAAGGAAAGAGUGUGCCAUCCCAGGGGCAUGACACUGUUACAUCCAUUACAAAGCUAGCUAUCUGCAGGUUAAAUUAUAUUAAUUAUUGUGAAUUGCUCAUUUUUUGAAGAAACGUACAUUUGUCUGAGCACUAGAGAAAGGUGUAGUGGUAGGCAUGCCUCUCUUGCGCUGUCUUUGUAUACACGUACAGCGCUACAAAACUCUGAAAACAAAUAUCCUACAGAACCCAUUGUCAAAAAGCACAAAUGUUUGACAGGGGCUCUACCCCGAAGGGCUGAACAUUGUGUUUGUGCAAUAGGGAACACAAUGGAGCUCACAUCCUGCCUGACCCUUCGGGGCCACGACCAUAGUGUGGCUGCUUUGAUAACACAGAAUAUUGCUUCUGAAUGAAGUCAAUGGAUUUACACCGCUGCCCAUGUUUGCUCGAGGACGGUGUACACCCACUAGUGGCUAGUGCCCCAGCAGGCAGCACUGAAUGGGCUUCAUCCUGGUGGUGGGUUUUCUUUCUCUUUCUCUCUUAUUUAUUUUUCUUUCCUAUUUUGUGGUGGUGGUAUUAAUGGGGUUGGUUUACAUGGAAUGCUGUAUCAUAAGUGACUAAGAUUUAUCAGUGUUAAUAUGUUCCUAGUUCAUGUGUCAGAGUAACUGAGAGAAGAUGCUGGAAUAUUUUAAACAUAGGCUGAAAUUAUCUGCUUGAUUAACUCUUUAACAGACUUAAAAGAAAUUGUACAUCUUCUGGAGAA